AAUUCUGCGCGUUUGUUUGUACAUGAAACUAGUGAAUUCUGAUCCAAGCUAUUAAUUUGUUUCGUUAAAACUGUUAAUCUGCCUCUAAUAAUACCUCUUUUUUUAAUUAAAAUGGAUAGAGGGUCAUCGCUUUUUGAAAUUGGACUUUUGGGAGAUUUUUCUGGAAUCAUCAAUUUCUCGGUGCUCAUUUUGAUGGGUGAUAGAAAAACACGGAGUACUUACGGUUUUCGUUCUAGGUAAGCUACGUGUAGUAAAUUCUGCACGGUAGGUAGCCACGACAAAAUGGCGACCCGUAGACGCAAUUAACACUGGAAUUUGCAGAUAGAACGCUAUUAGCACAGGUAAGCAAUGAGGAUGGGAAGGAAACUAGUGGCCGUCUUACCGAAAUACACCGUUUGCGAUGCUGAUCACUCUGUUCUCUGGCGGUUGCAAGCUGAUCCGUCUUCGUAUGGUGGAUGAAAUUAUUCGGCUCGAUGGACCAAUGUUGGCGAGGAAGAGGAGGCAAGCAGUGGUGUACAGACGAAAUGAAUGUUUUAUUUUUCCUUCCAAAGUAUAUUUGAAAUAACGGCCGCGCGGCCGUGACAAUAUACAGGUACACAGGUGUUGUUCGUAAGGUUGCUGCGAGAGAAGUGUCGGUGCGGUUGCAGUAGUGCUCGUUGACCGAUUUCUUUUUUUUUGGUAGUUUUUGUGCGCAUAGACAGUGAGUUAUGUACUCGCUGUUUAUGUUGAUGCCUAGUCCUUUCCAAUCAAGUACUUUGAAAACAUCUUCCAGCGCAGCGGUAAAUAGUUUCGGAGAAAUAACAUCUCCUUGCCUCACGCCCCGCUGCAGAAGGAUAGGUUCCGAAGCCCGGUCCUGUACUCGGACUGACAUAGUAGCGUUUUCAUACAAACACCUCAACACUUCGAUAUACCGAUAAUCAAUUUGGCACCGUUGGAGAGACUGUAAUACGGCCCAGGUUUCAAUCGAAUCAAAGGCUUUCUCGUAGUCCACAAAUGCUAAGCAAAGCGGCAGGUUAUAUUCCUCGGUCUUUUGUACAAUCUGCCGCAACGUAUGAAUGUGGUCUACGGUACUAUAGCCUUUUCGGAAACCGGCUUGUUCGGGUGGCUGGAAGUCAUCAAACAUCGUCGAACACAUAAUGCGCAAAAUGCUAGAAGAGUGGGGUGAUGGCGUCACAGUUGGGGGCGUAAAGAUUUCGAACUCGCGACACGCUGAUGAUACCGCGUUAGUUAUGUCAUUAAAAGAGGAAAUGGAAGAGCUGCUGCGACGUCUGGUCAUAGUUACCGAAGAAACAGAGCUAAAAAUCAACCAGCUCAAAACAAAGAUCAUGAUCGUGAAUAAAGCUGGAACCCUCACCGAGAAUAAUUUUCUUAGCCUAUACGACUUUGUCAAGACUAUCGUCUACCUUAGCUCGAUUAUUUUGAAUGGGGGUGGAUUGGAAACCGAAAUAAGGGGACGCGACGGAAUGAUCAAAUCCGCUGUGAUCAAGAAGACGAAACUGCAAAUAGUUGAGACACUUGUUUUCCUAAUCUUUUUGUAUGGUGCUGAGACCUGGACCUUAAAAGAGUCUACAGACGACGCAUAGACGCGUUUGAAAGGUGGUGCUGGCGGUGCAUGUUGCGCAUUCUUUAGACGACUUUCCGUACGGACGCUUCCAUCUUCAACGAGCUAAAAGUUGACCAGAGGCUAUCCGCCAUGUGCCUAUAUAGAGUACUCCAGUAUUUUCGUUAUGUAUCAAGAAAACUUUUUGACGAAAAACUCAUAGUGACGGGUAGAGUGGAUGGAAGAUAAUCUAGAGGCUGGAGCCAAAAAAGAUGGAGUGGUCCAGAUUCCGAGGACCUACCUGGGCACGAGACUGAGCGACGCAAUUCACUUUGCCACUGAUCGACAGCUACGAGUCACAAGAAAAGAUCUCAGACGGGCGCAUUACGAUGCUCAGCAAUGAGCGAUCGAUUGAAGGCUUUCAUUACAAAAAGUUGGGCCGGCUGAUGGCGACGGCUGGCUCGUUGAGCUGGCUUCUUCCAAACGUCGGGGGUCCCGAAAAAGUGGUGUGCUGCCUUUACAUGGGGGUGGUGCGGUCCAUCGCACUAUAUGGUACAGCGGUCUGGUGCCGCGCCAUGACGCGCGUAAAGGCCAUGCUGUAACGUCCGCAGCGCACGAUUCUGGUAGUUGGAGCGAUCUGUGGAUGCCGCACCGUCUCCUUCGAGGCAGCAUGCGUGCUCGCCGGGAGGCUCGCUGGGCCUGAGACCCGGGGGCGGAGGUGCUCGCCGGGGAUUACACGUGGAAUAACGAACUCUGCUCUAGGGGGAACGGUGCCCCGUCGACGGAGUGUUUCGAGUGCGGAGAUUCCAAUCUCGGCAGUCCGUGCUGUAGGCGUGGUCUCACCGUCUAGGUGGUUUGCUCGGUCCUCGCGGAUUGGAUGAGUUUCAACCCAGGACACUUCACCUUCCUACUGAUGCAGAUGCUUGGCAGUGACACGUCCUGAAAGGCGAUGCUCAACUUAUAUAAAUCCACCAUCUCGCAGAACGAGGUCACGGCGUUUCCGUAAGAGAAAAAGAACUCUUCCCUCUCCGCACUGAUCCGUCGCCGUCGAGCCAAGAGGCCGAAUGAGAACGUACGAACGCACGUCCCGGGCUCUGCAGGCGGCGAUGUCUCCCUCGGUGGAGUUCGCAGGGUGACCUGAGGGCAGAUCUAGGCCGCACGGCGCGGUCACGUCACAAUAGCGCGUCGCAACAGCAGGACAUAUAAUUGUUGAAUAGUGACCGACUGACGGUGUAUCGCGAUUCCAUUUCAGAGGUAUUCUGCAACACCAACGGCUCCGCCUGGGAUGACAGAGACCAGAGCAGCACGAAUGCUCUUCUCUUGCCGCCGGCUUAAGGCGACAUAUCAGUGCGGAGAGGAAAAGCUUUUCAUCUCUCGUUCCAUAGAAUUCUGCGAGAUUGUGAACUUGCAAAAAUUUAACAUCCCUUAUUGGGGUUAUUUGCUACUCAACAGCGUAACCAAGACGGUCGGCAACGACAAGUUUGAUCCCAUAAGGGCAUGGUGCUGCCCCAGCCACGCGGGGCAAUGCAUGAGUGUGUGCUCGACCAUCUUCUCGUCGCAGCUAUAGCGGUGGCACUCCAUUAUCGGUUCCUUCUCAGCGGAAUACUGAGGGGCCUGACCAAACAACGCGGGGCGCUCUACGCUUCAUGGGCUUGUUACAGCCCAUGGCUCCAUGCGCCGCUACCUGUAUAGUGGUGAAAGUGUUUCAACACUCGCGGCCUGGCACGACGGUCAGAAUCGUUGAAAGUUGAAAGUUGAAGGCGACGUGAGGGAUAGCGCCGUGUCCUCCUCACACAAAUCAAUACAAUAAAUUACGUAACAGAAAUGCGGUUGAGCAUCUGGCUCAUCUGUUGUUAAACGUAUUUGUAUGUUUCCACUUACCUUGAGACAUGAGGUCUAAGUCUCAACAAAUAUAAUAAUAGUAUAGCGCCUCUUCCAUCUCAGUCUUCGCGGCAGAGAAGGUCGGGAUAGCCUACCGAUCUACCUGCUCUGCCUCACAAGAUGCUAUUGCAAGUUAUAUUUUAAUACGCGGUGAUAUUCCUUCAUCGUGCGUAGUUCACUAGACAAUUAGCAUACGUCCGCGGGAUCUGACCACCGGCGACAUAUUUUGUGAAGUCGUCGACGUAAUAGAAUAAUAAACUUUAUGGUUAGUUGAACUUAGUUAUACUUAAUUCUACUAUUCUAAUUAGUUGUACUUAUUUUACAAUUUCCAACUUUGCGUUUUAUAUUCAGCUUCAGAGUUUUCCUGACCACCGACCGAGGUGCAGUUCGCCACUAUUUGAAUAUUGCACUAAUUACGAGUAUGUAGCAACUAAUCAUUUACAAAAAAAAUUUCAUUAUCAAGUUUCUUUAUAUACUCGUACACAGAGAGAGCCCGCAGUAUCAUGAGGCCAGGCAUUUGGUUUCACUUCGGUUUUAAAAAUCAAGCAGGACCAUGUAUAACAGGAAAAGUUAGUUGGGAUUUUCUGCCUGUGUAUCCUAUAUAUGUAUAUAUGUUGGAGUAUUUCCACUUUCGGGUAGCGACAUGGUAAGCGGGCGGUCUUCGUAAGGCAAUAAAACCAGAAAUGUUAACUCAGA